UGUCUCGGAGACCCCGCGCGGACUGCUGCUCAAACAUCACGUUGACAUGGAUGAUGAAGAUGGCCGAUGCUUGCUAGAUGUAAUUUGCGAUCCUCAGGCCUUGAACGAUUUUUUACAUGGAUCCGAAAAGCUGCACGUGCAAGAAUCCUCCAGCAAUCAUCUGAACGCAGAACAGAGCCAGCCCACGACCAGUGUCGACCUAGACUUCUUGGAAGAUGACAUCCUGGGUUCCCCUUCGGGGGGCGGGGCCAACCUGCAAAACUCGGACCAGCCCUGUGACAUCCUCCAGCAGAGUUUGCAGGAGGCAAACAUCACCGAACAGACUUUGGAGGCAGAGGCAGAACUGGAUCUGGGCUCUUUCCAGCUCCCUACGCUCCAACCGGUGGUCCACACUGCCUCAGAUGGCACGCCGCAAAUUUUCUCUAGUGGGGCUGACCUGAUCGGGCUGCAGCAACCUGCGGUCCUAACCCACCAAGCCUUAGUGCAGCAGUCUGUGGGGGCGGAUGUGGUCAACAAAGCCAUCAGCGUGCAGCCUUUUCUCCAGCAGGUCGGCCUGGGAAACGUCACCAUCCAACCCAUCUCCAACCUUCAGGGCUUGCCCAACGGCAGCCCCAGCGGGACGCUGGGCAUCGGGCAGAUUCAAGUGGUGGGCCAGCAAGUGAUGGCAAUUAACCAGAACGCUCAGCAAAUCAUUGCAAAGCAAGUCCAGCCUUCCCCAGUGACCGCUAUGCCGGUUGGGAGUUACAUUGCUCAGACCACGGCGGAGCAGCAGCAGGUCACUCUCGCCUCGGCUGGGGUGUCUCCGCAGAACGCAGGCCUCGUCAUCCAGAAGAAUCUCCCUGCGGUGGCCACCACGACGUUGAACGGAAGCUCCAUGUUUGGGAGCGUGUCCGCCACGCAGGGUUCCCAGCCUCUCACCGUCACAUCGAAUUUAAGCAGCCCGCUGGUUCAGGCCCAAAACGUGAUCAUCCACCGGACGCCCACGCCGAUUCAGCCCAAGCCCGCCGGCGUCCUCCAGCAGAAGGUGUACCAGAUCACGCCCAAGCCCUUUGGGCCCAACAACGCCACCCUCACCAUCCAAAACGAGGCAAGCCUGCAGCAGCAAAAAGCCCAGCAGAAUCUGGCCUUCAUGGCAGGCAAGGCAGGGCAGAACGUGGUGCUCUCGGGCUUCCCGCCGGGGCUGCCUGCCAAUAUGUUUAAGCAGCCCCCGCCACAGCCCCAGGCCCUUAGCAAACCGAUGAGUGUCCACUUGCUGAACCAAGGGAGCAGCAUCGUUAUCCCGGCACAGCACGUUCCUCAGGCCAUGCUGCAGGGGCAGAACCAGUUCCUCCUUCCGGGGCAGCUCACGGGCACGUCCGCCGUUCAGAUCCCCCAGCAGCUGUCAGCGUUGCAGGCUAACAUGGGGGGCCAGAUACUAACAACCUCCCAUCCCAGCGGGCAGACCCACAUCAUUACUAGCCAAGGGCCUGGAGGGCAGCUGAUAACGAAUCAGGCGCUGCCUGCCCAAAUCCUCACCAAUCAGAACCUUGCAAGCCAGCUCAACUUGGGGCAGGUACUGACAUCGCAGAACGCCCACGGCACCGCCCACAUCCUUUCUGCUCCUAUCCAGCUGCAGCCUGGGCAGGUCGGCCAGCCGACUCUCUUCCAGAUGCCCGUCUCUCUGGCUGGUAGCUUGACGACUCAGAGCCAGCCGACUGUCGCAGCCUCUUUGGCUGGCGGUGCCAUCAAUCAGGCAGGCCAGACUGUUAUCCAAGGGGUCACCCUACCAAACCAAGUGGCCAUGUUAAAUGCUGCUGAGAACCUCAACCAAACUGUGACCAUCCAAGCACCGGCCAGCGCCAGCAGCCAGAGCCCCGGCCUUAUUCAGCCGCAGUCGGCCUCCAAUGCCAACUUGCUGUCGAGUGGCGACCAGGCCAGCAUAUUAACCGUCCAGUCCACCUCCCAGCCUUCUGCUCCUCCCCAGCUUCAGCUGAAUGUGCAGCAACAAACUCCACCACCUCAGCAGCCAGCGCAAUUACCGGUGACUGCCCAAGCCAGUCCUAACUUGGUGGCAUCUAGUCCAGAAAAGAUUAUUUUGGGCCAGGCAGCAGCUGGAACCGUCGUCUCCCAAGAUUCCAUGCAGAUGUUCCUGCAACAGAAGGAUCGCAACCAGCAGCAGCAGCCGCCGCCGCAAUUUUAUUCGCCAGCUCUGAAAAUGCAGCAGGAAAGCAGUUUGAACGAGUCCACCGUACCGCCCCACCUGCCAAUGCCUCUGCCCAUCUACAGCAUAGCCACCACCGCCCUCAGUACUACCAGCAGUGUCCCGGCCUCAGUGAUAGUCAGCAGCAGUGUCGGUGCAGCCCUGCAGCCGCCUGCCAGUCGGGAGUUGAGCCAGAGCCACAACAUGCUACCGGCGGAUUCCAAAGUACCCCAGUUCUCUGCCGGCCCUCCCCAGCAGGCACUGGCUUGCCAGUUGCCUUCAGGGCAGCAGAAACAUCCCGGCGCCUCCCCGUCCCAUUCGCUACCUCAUCCUUCCAUGGGGGAGGGCCCCCAGCUCCAGCCCGCGCACCUUCCCCAGAUGCAGUCCCCGCACCAGUCCCGGCCUCCGUCGCAGCCUCAGCCUCUCUCCCGGCCGCCCUCCCGGCCUCUCUCAAGGCCGCCUUCCCAACCGCAGACUUUAUCGAGGCCGCCUUCAGAGCCUUUAUCACGGUCCUGCACCCCGCAAACGCAGGUGCAGAACUUGUACGUGAUCCAGAAUCAAAUGGCCUCCUCCCCUCACGGCCCCAGCCAGCACCCCCUGCGGCCCCCCUCGCAGCCUCAGGUACCGUUCCAAGCACCGCAGGCCCAGCCAGAAGGGCAGCCUCCGCUGGCGACCCCUCCACACCUGCAGCUUCAGGUCCAGCUGGCUACUCAACUCCAGCCGCAGGCCGAUCCCCAGGUGCAGGCCCGGUUGCAGCCCCAGCUUCAGGCUCCUUCCGAAGUGCAGCGUACCCACUCCCCCCAUUUCCAGCUUCAGUUCCCUGCCCAGGCUCCCAUCAAACCCCCCACCCCGACCCAGACUCUUCACCUGACUCCAGAGCAACAGAGGAGUUUUCAGAUGGCUCCAAGUCAGUUCCAAGCUCUCUCUGCAAUUCCAGCAUCUGUACCUCAGCAGAAACAGCUAAUGGAUCGGUUUCAGCAGGUGCCCCAGGGUAUUAUCCUCCAAACGAAGCAGCCAACUUCCACCAGCCAAGCACCGGCUGUGCUAAGCCAGUUCAGCAGCCAGCCCUCUUCCGUCUUGGUCAGCAGCCAAGGGCAGCCGGUCACGGUGACGGCAGCUCAGGCGCCUCCUGUCCAGAGCCACACCCCCGUGCCUGCCACAGUUCAGCCUUCUGCUACAGGUCCGAGCAAGGUAGCGCCCGUGCUCGAAAAGGGCCAGCUGCAGAGAGGAGGUGGGCAGCCAGCGCAGCCGGCGGCGUUGCUGCAACAGCAGACCCCUGUGCUGGUCAAAUCGGCAAUAUCUCCUGGGGAGAGCAAAACGUUUUCCAGUGGCACCACUGCUCUGUCGGGUGGAAAAGCAUCCACCGGGCAAGGAAAACCUUCAGUACCUCUGGCCGUACAGCAGCCAGUUCAGACCAAGCCUGGAGUCAUUAGCUCCGUGUCUGGCCUGAACCUUGGGAAAGGUCCUCUGCAGCUUCAGGUGCUUGGAAAGGGCUUACCACAACUCAUGCCUUCAGCCCCUGCCCAAAUCCAACAGCAGUAUGACAGCAAGCUCGGAAGUAUGAAAAAGCCGCCUGUGCUACAGCCCAGCAAGGAAGCUUGUUUCUUGGAACAGCUGCAUAAACACCAGGGGGCAGUGCUGCACCCUGAUUACAAAACCUCGUUUCGGUCAUUUGAAGACGCAUUGCAGAGGCUCCUCCCAUACCACGUCUACCAGGGAACGUUGCCUUCUCCUCAUGACUACCGAAAAGAUGAAGAGUUUGAAAUGGUGUCCACACAACUCUUAAAGCGCACACAAGCCAUGCUGAACAAAUACCGCCUGUUGCUCCUGGAGGAAUCCCGGAGGGUCAGUCCUUCAGCAGAGAUGGUGAUGAUAGACCGGAUGUUCAUACAGGAAGAAAAGACCACCUUAGCGCUCGAUAAACAGCUGGCAAAGGAGAAGCCAGAUGAGUACGUCUCCUCAUCUUCACGUUCCCAGAGCUUUGCUUCUUCUCUCGCUCAAGGCUGCGCGCCCAGCAGUGUUGCUUUGGCUUCGGAGAGCCUGAAAGCCCCUCCGGUGCAGAUGGCCACCCAGAUCAAUCCCACCAAAUUAGUCAUCAAGCACAGCGGAGGAUCCCCCUCCGUCACGUGGGCUAAAGCUUCCCCUUCCUUAGAUGGGGAUGACGAUGCCCUCCCCUCCAGGAGCAAACCGCCCAUCAAAACCUACGAAGCCCGCAGCCGGAUUGGCCUGAAGCUGAAGAUCAAACAGGAGGCGGGGCUCAGCAAAGUGGUUCAUAACACUGCCUUGGACCCAGUUCACCAGACACCACCACCCGUGUGCACGGUGAUCAAAACAGCUGACCAGCACUCGUCGGCGUCAGCUGUCGCCACAACCGCCACAACCACCACCUCCACGGCGGGGCAAAUGAACGGGACAGUGGACCAUAUCGCUGCAGCGCCCAUGGAGAAGAAGCCCAUGGUAACCUACUGCAGGCUUCCUCUCCGUAAGACUUACCGGGAGAACGUGGAUGCUUUCGUAGCGGAUAAAGCCCCGGACGCUUGUGCAAAAGGGAGCGCCCCGAAAGCUGAUAUGGUGCCAAGCACCCUCAUCAUUAAGCAGGACGGUGGCUCCAGGACCGUCAUCACCUCUCACAAAACUCACGAGAGCCCUUCCCUGGCUGCGGCGGAGAAGGGCCGGUCCGAGGAGAAUACCAAGCAUCCUUUUUUCAACCGGAGCGAUGCCCGGUCCUUAGUGCUGCAAGAGAGCCCUGCCCCUCCUAAGACCGAUGAUUCAACCAGUGGCCUUAUGAAGGAACUAGCAGAGGUUGAGGAUGAGUUUUAUCACCGGAUGAUAAAGACCGAGCCCCCUGAUCACGGCUCUGCCUCCGAACUCACGUGGGAGGUUCCCUUACCCCCGGCCAAACGUCGGAAAUCUGAGUCUUUUGACGUGGAUAAUGCUAGCUUCUCCAGUGACAGCCCCCAAGAUGACUCUCUUAAUGAGCAUCUGCAGAGUGCUAUUGAUAGCAUCCUGAACUUGCAGCAACCUCAGGCUGGGGGCCAGAACACCCGGACACCUUCCUCCUCAUACAACUCCUCCUCCUCCCCUUUCUCUUCUCCUGCCCACCGCACGGACACUUACCUUGCCCCUAAUCACAACGGCGGCCUUGGUGCAAGGACGUUGAACAGAUAACAGGAAACUAAAACCGAGCAGAGACUGUACAAAGCGAGCCGAGGACCGAAGCUGUAGCAGCUUCCGCUGGCUGGGAGACGGUUGGAAGCAAAAGGUGCCACUUCCCAGAGACCCAACGGAUUGGGCCUGACACCAGAAGGAAAAAGCUGGGGGUCUGGGGCGGGAAGAGGGCAUCAUUCAUUCAAGUGUUGAUAUGAUGGGUUUUGGUUGUUUGUAAAGUACAAGCUACGGCUGGACUUACAAUACACUCGUCUCAUCACAUACACCGGUUUUUUUUUAAUGCAGGCAGAUGCGAAGCAGGCAGACAAAUGGGAGGGGGUUGGAUUUGGGGGCCCAUAGGUAGUGUUGGCUGUGUAAUGUUUAGAUUCUGUAACAAACUGCUAAUUUGAAUCUCUGAGUGGUGAUGAUUGGGGGUUUCCCUCCCCCCUCUCCCCAAAUCCCACAACUAUCUUUUGGACAUUUUAACAAAUCCCAGGUUGGAAGCCAGUCGAAAGGCCAAAUGAAGUGAAGGGGGAAGGGCGCCGCAGGCGUUGCCGCAGGCGAGGGUCACGCCAUUGGUUUCUUUAAGUUACUUGAAGUAUCAAUUGUCAGGGUUUUUUUUUCUUUUACACAAAAAACAAUUCUGAACACAAAGCAAAAAAAAAGAGAGAGAGAUACAAACACUAAUGCUUACUAAAAACAAGCAUGAAUGAGUUUACAAAUAAACCUGUUUCAAAGAGGAAGCCAGUCCGCUUUAGAACACGGGUGGAUCCAAUUAACACAGCUGUGAUGGUGGGACAAGGGAGGUUCUAGCAAGAGGGUAUGGAACUGUCUCCCCCACCCCCACCCCCUUUUUAAAAACCUCAUCUGAAAAUUUGGAAAUCAAUGUGGUCAGAAAGAAAUCUAUACAAGCUGCAAUCAGGCUCCGGAUGGCUGGGUGUUCACCCAGGGAAACCCAAGAAAGCUAAGCAUGUACUCGCGGGCUGCAUUUUUUGUGCUUUUUCAUCCUUCUGACCAGGGCUUCUCCUCUGGUCCUGUCCCAUGGUUUCAGUUACUCACCUCGGUCUUUCCCGUUCUUUAAACCCAUGGCCUCACAGUUCUCCUGCCUUUCUGCUCAGUUGCAUGUGCCUCAGUCAUGACAGAAAUGGUUUGCAUUUCACUCUAGCCAGUUGCAGGAAAAGAGAGCUCAGUACAUUCGCAGGUACAGCUCAAGUUUCUUCCCCCCCCCCUUGAAUUCUCUAGAGACAAAGGAAUUCGACAAGCAUAACAUGUGAAGGGGUUUUUUUGCAAGCAAGUCAUACAUAGGUUGGCUGAGCUGCUUCUAAAUUCUUGGCCCACCUCUUAUCUGCGUUAACAGAAAGGUAGCGAAAUGUUCAUCAUUUUCAUCAUAGGGAAUGGCUUUGGGAAUCAGGCAUAUGAACUCAACGCAGGACACAAUACAAGCUAGGUACAACCUCAGCCGGGGAAUUCUCUGGCAUGCAAAGGCCUUCCUUAUCCUUGCCACCAAAUGCCUGUGAUGGACUAGGAGAGACUUGAGUUGCAAAGAGUAACGUACAAAGUAAGGUCCAGGGACUCUGCUUAAUUGUCCGCUGUCUUUCUGAAAUAACUAAGAGACUGACCUUUCCACUAACACACUGAGAGAUAACAAGGGCCCUGAAUCGGAGCUGUUAGUCCCCCUUUACGCCUUAUCUAGGUCCGGAAAACAAGACUUCUUGUCAUUGCCUGCUCCCAGCGUGGCUGCAUCUGCAGACUGCGGCAUUGCAUCUGGAGCCUUCACAAGCGACAUUUGUCCUUCUGUGUUCCUUCCUCUUGCACGCCUAGAUUCCUUAUCCCAGUGAGUCAUUUCAACCCCAGUUUCUUUUGUGCCUCUUACGGACGUUGUCCGUCUCCUCACCUCGUACAGUGGAGGCUGAAUGUGUUGCUGAACUGGAGCGUGCACACCCUAGCCGCUGUUUUUAGGUGGCAUCUUGUAGGCUGCGCCAAAGAAAACAGGAUCAUCUUUUCUCCCUCCACGGCUGGACUGCGGGAGGUAAAAGGGCUAAAACACGCAAGCCAGGCAGGGCAAUGGCUUGCCAGCAGUCGAUAUUCCGUUGGUCGAAUAAUAUGCCAGGUUUUCAGUUAGACAGAAUCCUUUCACACUUAAGAGUCACAAGGUAACAGAUUCUCAGCUCUUUAUUUACUAAUCAAAUAAUUUUAGUUGUUUAAGGCAGCAGUCUACUUUCAGCCACUUCUACCACUUGAAAUGCAUGCCAAAUAGUACACUGGCCCGCCUGAAUAGUUUCAUGUUUGAAAUAAUACAAACAUUGCAGAGCUGGAUCGCUUCCACCUGCCUGUAGCAAUUGAAAUUAUAUUUGCUUUGAUUCAGCUGUAACGUAGCAGCCCUUCUACCUGCUCUGAAGUUUGGUAUACUUUGCAAGCUUACAUGCUCUUCCAUGAAGAGGAGGUGUUAAAAACAUACUGCCGUCCCCUAUUUUGUAUCUCUUCCCCCCCACCCCCACCUCACCCCUGCUUUUAACACAGCAAAACAGCCAGUACCAAAGGGCAAAGCCAUGUACUGGAUUUGCAAAUUUGGCAUCUGUUUUAGAAUAUAGCGGGGGCUGGAGGUGGCUUCCCUUUAAGGCAUUCUGGCAGAAAAAUUGGGGCAGAGAGGCUGCCUUAUUGCACAACCUUCCAGGCAAUCUAACGUUCGGACAACAGACUUCAUGCAAACUAUCCGUGCCCAGUCCCAACAAACCUCAAAUUCCUUUCCCCCCACCCCUUUUAGGUGCCAAAGUUCUUUAAUGAUUUCCCCCCUUCUCCCUCUUUAAUUGUUACGGAGAAUGGAGGCUUAGAGAAGACGGGAGAACUGGAUCCUGCUAAAUAAAGCGGUGUCCAAAAAGAACCUAUAAUAGAAAUGACGCAACCAUACCCUUGCUCAGUCCACCACGCAGCUUGAAAAACAGAGCUCAGGAACGCGGACAUAACUUUUGGAUAGGUGGGCACGUAUGCAAAAACAGUAUGUGAAGAACAUAUGUCCUAAAAAUGAAGGUUCAUAGACUCUAAUCUGCAUCAUUUUAUGUAUGCGUGUUGUAACACUCUGGGUUUUCUCUUCAGGCGGUUUUUUACAUGGGGAAUGACUGUUGAGGGAGAGUGGGACAACGUAAAUGCCUGAAUUAAGAGCUUGUUCCAUGGUACUAACAUCCUCCCAAGUGAUAACCAUCAAAGAAAGGGGUAACAUUUUCUGUCUUGAAAUGUGGAAGGUUUUCUCAGUCCCUGUUUGCUCAAGUCCCAGUUUUGUUUUGUACCCUAAAAGCUUCGGUGUGUUUGAAGGUGACUUUCUUAGCCUUGAUCCUUAACAUAUCUGGGCAGGAUGACGCUUUCAUCUCUGUCUCGAAUGCACUUUGAAGCAUCUGUGUUCGCUUGGCACAGCAUCUUUCUAGCUUACCGAACUGCAGAAGGCAAGUUUUGAGUUCUCGUGGGGUCAGAGUUGGUUGAGACGCCAGCGUGUCUUCAGACUUCCGUGUGAGCCCUCUCUUGUCCUACCUGUAGUCCCUUCUCCCAUUCUCUUCUGCCUUUUCCUUAAAAUCAAAACAGAUGCUACGUUCUUAUAUAUACUUUAGAAAACUGCUGAUGCUGCCAAUAUGUAUUCUCUUUGUUCUUGUUAAGUAGAGGCCUGUUGCUCAUUAUUUUCAGAGUUGUCUAAUAAUGAACAGCCAAUUUAUCUACUAACAAAAUUGGAUUUGUUUUAUGCCACUGCGCCCCUCCAACCCCCAGCCCUUUAUCUUCCCCACCCAAACUUAUACAAAGAUAAAUUCCUUUUCUUAACAUCACAUUUUAGAUUAAAUGCAGGCUGACCUACCCUUUUGGCUGUUAUCCCAGAGUAUAAACCAAAAGCAGAAGGAAAACCCUGCUUGGAGUUUAGCAGUUUGUCCUUCUGGAAGGAUGCCAAGCGAAUUGCAUUCAGCCAUUAGCUGUAAUUCUUUUAUUUUUCUCCCUUCUUCCCCUAGACUGCUUUAUUUCUUUCCAAGGAAAAAAUGCUAUAAUUCAGGUUUCCAUGGCUUGGGAAUUGCUACAACUGCCUUCCGAAUUCCUUCACGCUUUCCUCUCAAUGUUUUUUUCCCCUCGCAGGCUUGAAACAACGUCUCUUUGAUACCUUCUUCUCUGGGGGGUUACAGUCAUCACAGCCCCGUCCCUGGGCCAUAACUCUGAUGAACAAUUGCUAGGAAAAGUUUUGGACCUCCGCUUUCUGGAGAAAAAGGCUGCACCAGCCUUAAAGCUUUACCUUUUCAAAAUAAUUGUAAUACUAAAAUACCCCCGUCCCCAAAUUUCAGUUGCCCUCUGUUAGGGUGGGGAGACUUAUUUUAAAAAAACUAAAGGAACACUGGUUUUUCAAAAAGCUGCUAAAAACACAUGUUCUUAAAUCAGGGCCUUUUAAAGGAUUUGGCAAUUACAAUAGUGACAUAUUUUGGCCAGUUUUGGUUUCUGAGUACAGAAAAACGUCAAGAUUUUUCAUCUUUCUUCACUCUCUGCCCCCAAUACUAAACAUGAUUAAGUGUGAGGCCUUAACUUGCUCAUUUGAAAUAUUCGUUCUGAGAAAUAGAAAAUGAGGAGCUGUAUCUCACAGUGGUGGGACUUGUUUGGGCAUUUUGGAGGAAAGCCAGUGCUAUCCGGGAUAACUUCCUUUACAUGUAAAGAAGGGAAAUACGAUGUUGUGGCAUGUUGGGUUGUACAAGCCUCAUGCCAUCUUAUAGCAGAGGCUUAUUGGGUGUCCUAAGCAGUUUUGUUCUGGCCUUGAUUCUUCCUUGUGUGUGUGUGUGUGUGUGUGUGUGUGCGUGCGUGCGUGCGUAUAUGCUGCCACUUGAGGUUUGCUUCCCCUACAUUAUCUGAAAUCUUAAAAAAAAAAAAUACUUUUGCUGUUUUGUCCCCUGUGCACUGCAGGAGUUACUGGAAUACAUCAAGAACUGUUACAGUGCAAAAGUUUCACGGUCGGUUGUUCACUUGUCAGACCUGCACAGUUCUGUGAAGGCACAGAGCUGUUUUCAGCUGGAUGGUUAAAGACAAAGUUUGGGCCUGUUUUUUAAAAUUUAUUUAUUCUUAUUAAUGUUAUUCUUUUGCCUUACCGUCGCUUAUAUUUUGAGCAAGGACAGAGGACUUUCAGGUCUACCACUAACUUUUCUGUGUCCCCAUUUCUUUUUCUUCUCCAACCCAUUUCUGCACACAAUAUGACACGUACCUGUGUUUGUUUUUUUGGGCUGCUUAUCCUUGUCAGACCCCCCCCCCUCCAAGAUACGAGUUAAUGGCCUGUCUACCCUAAAAUGUCGUUAAGGAGGAAAAGCAGAGCUUCUGGGGAACGCUGGUUGUUGGUCCAAGCCUAUUAUUUAGCACCUGUCAUCCCGUUCCCCUCCCUUUAACCUUUAUUGUGUCUUGUGAAAGUAGAAGAAAAAGUUUGUGUCUUAAAAAUACAGUUUACUGGAGAAAAACUUUUUAGGGAUAUUACUGAACCAAAAAGAAGGUUAAAAGGUCAAAGUUUCUCUCCUUUUUUUUUUUUUUUUGGUCUUUGACAAAGUAUGUUUCAAAACUCACCCCAUUCUAAAAAAAUGGUGUAAAUGGCAUAAAGUGAGUAUACCAGCUCUCCACUGCCUGAACUGGGAAUAGUGCCUCCCGCUGGCGCUGCUACUUCCACAAAGAAUCGCUGGGCCCAGGGUUCAGGGCUUCGUAGCUUAUGUGGCAGUCCCCUGAGAAAUUGGGACGGAUGGGAGCUAGGCUUUUCCACAGCUCCUUUUCAUUUCCAUUCUUGAUUAUGCAGGAGAACUUCUCCGGUGGAUUGUGUCAAUAAAAUUUUACUUUCAUGAAAGAGGGCUAGGUUACUUGGUUUGCACUGUGCAGAGGUACACGAAGCUGCCUCUCAAUUUAAUUUUGUCUUCAUGCUGGGCAUUUCAUCUUGAAGAGCGCUUGGAAAAUUCAGGCUUGGGUAUUGAAACAAUACUUGCUAAAGUAUGACCUGAUCUCCACCUAUAGCCUCCUUGCUAUCUUGAAAAGAGGUGGGAAAGUAUAUGUGGUUAGGAAGCAAUAAGGGACGGUCAAACUCCCAGGCUGGUGUGUUUCCCCCCCUCCCUUUUUUAUAUAUAUAAAUAUAUAUAAAAAUGUAUAUGAAACUGUUUGGCAUUUUUGUUUUAGUGUCCUUUUUUCCUUCUAAAAAGUGUGGAUUUGGAUUCAUUCGCUCAUUUGGUUGCUGCCUCUAUUGCAAGAGGGUUAAAUUUUAACAAAAAAUCUUUUCUUCAAAUUAACAAAAAAGAGAACGCUUACUGUCACGGGGAAGUAUAGUCAAUUUUUUAUUUUCAGCCUUUUCGAACACUCUGAAAUAAAGCAGUUGUGCAUUUUUGUUUUCAUAGCCCAGAAGCUGAAGGGAAAUUCCCAGUUCUUUGUGCAUGUUUUAAUUUUCAUUGAAGUUUGGGGGUUUUUGGGAGAAAAGGGGGGUAUUUGAAGAGAGAUGCAUAUCUCAAUAUUAGAUAAGCUUCCACCUGCCCAUUUCAACUCAUCGCCAAACUAAAGCUUAAACGGGGGUGGGAGGGUAAUUGUUUUGGAAAUUACAGAAAUCCAUUUAUGUUCUUCUAAAACCCUUCAGAUUUCCCACUUUAACACCAAAUAGGACUGUUCUGCAAAUAAAAGGAAGCAAAAAUUAUCCCCCACUCCUUUUAGUAUUAAAAAAAACCCAGUUUUUUCUUUCCUUCCUUCCCCCGCUGGUACCAGUUUGAACGUCAUCACAGUUCAAAAACAAAAUAUAGUACUAUAAAAUAAUU